AUGUCUACAGCUGUAAUUCCUCAAGGUACCAUCUAUGAACCUCGGUCUUAUCACGAUACCAAUAACAACAAUGAUAAUAUCAAAACAAAUGUAUUAUCAUCUACUGUACCUGCUUCAUUGUUACAACCCAAUCAACAAGAAACGGAAUCUGAAGAAGAAAAGAAAAAAAAGAAAAAGAAGACUUUAAGACAUGCUGUUGGGCUUAUUGUCAUUGACCCUAUCACAAAAGGGGUACUGAUGUUAUCAAGCAAGAAAAGAGAAGGUGCUUACGUUUUACCAAAGGGUGAUUGUUUGGUAGAACCUAAAACUGAAACUUAUGAAGAAGCUGCCUUCCGUGUCUUAUAUGAAGCUGGUAUCAAGGCAUCUAGCUUAUCACGAAAAGUGGGUGUAUACACUGAAGCCAAUAAAAAAGGCAAGAUUAUUGCUCAUCAUGCUAUGUUUGAAGUCUCCUCUUUUACUCUUCUACAACCUUCCCCAGAAUUUGGUCGUACUAGAGUUUGGGUAUCCUAUGAAAACGCUAUCAAAGCUAGCCUUGAUCGUCCCAUGUCCUGUAUUGCAUUGAAAAAUUCAUCCAUUCGCCAAUGAUUUCCCCUAAUUUUACAUAUAUCACUUAUAACUGAAUAAAAAGAAAUCUUAUUAUUGUUGUGCCUUUU